CUCUUCUCCAUAAGAUAACGCAUGGUAGCAUCUCUGUGAUAUAACCGAUCUAAGAGAGCACGGUAGCAUUUCGAUUCAUCAUCCGUCUGAAUGCCGACGUUGGACGAUUUACAGAGCUUAAAAUGACCCAUGAGCUAAGCACUGACAUGUAAAUGGCUUCCAAAGUGAGAGAUGCUGUGGUGUGGUACCAGAAGAAGAUUGGAGCAUAUGAUCAGCAGAUAUGGGAGAAGUCAGUGGAACAAAGAGAGAUCAAGUUUAUUAGACUGGGUCUGCGAAACAAACCAAAGAAGACAGGUCACGUGAAGCCAGACCUUAUUGAUGUUGAUCUUGUCCGAGGCUCAGCUUUCGCCAAGGCCAAACCCGAGAGCCCAUGGACCUCUCUGACCCGCAAAGGCAUUGUCAGAGUGGUCUUCUUCCCAUUUUUCUUUCGAUGGUGGAUCCAAGUCACCUCCAAAACCAUUUUCCUCCUGCUGCUCUCUCUUUACGUGCUCCAAGUGCUUGCAGCAGUGUUGUUUUUCACCAUAGCUCAGCCCCAUGGCAUCCCUGCCACCGAGGUGUUUGGUGCCAUCUGGCUCAUGCUGCUCCUGGGUACCGUCCACUGCCAGAUCGUGUCCACGCGCACACCCAAACCCACCCCCAACAGCAGUGGCAAACGGAGAAGGAAGUUAAGGAAGGCAGCUCACUUGGAGAUGCAUAGGGAAGGCGAUGGCUCUAGCACUACCGAUAACACACAGGAGGGGGCGCCACACUCCUCCAGCUCAGCCACCACUUAUGGCCUCAGCGCCUUCUUCCGAGAUUUCUGGCAUGAUAUCUUUAAAGUGGGGUCCAAGAAGUCAAAACUGUCCAUCGAUAAAUCCACGGAGACGGACAACGGGUACGUGUCUCUGGACGGCCGUGUGACCAGUAAGAGCAGUGAGGAGGGACUUCAGCUGCCGGAGGCUCACUGCGACCUGCUGCGUGGAGAAGAGCCCUGCUGGAACACAGCACCGCCCAGACACAGCUUAAUACUGCCACCCAUCACCCCCAUCAGUAAUAAGGAGCCACCAAGCCCACACAGUCUGGAGAACAUGUCAGAUGAGGCAUCCAGUGAGGAGGACCCUGAGGCCACGUACAGCGCCCUCCGCAGGGGAGUGGAGCGUAUGAACAGUGACUGCACACUACGCAACCGCAAAGCUCACCACUACAAAAAACUUUACCCUGCAGAGGAGACCCCCAAGUCAGGCACAAGCUGCAGUUCCCGUUGUUCAAGCCUGCGCACGCAGGACUCUGAGAGCACACGGCACGAGUCGGAGACGGAAGACAUCCUUUGGGAGGAUUUCCUACACUGCGCUGAGUGUCGCUCCUCCUGCACCAGCGAGACUGAGGCGGAGGGGGCCUCUGCCGUCUGCCCGUCCUCCAAAAAAGAGUACCGCGAUGACCCCUUCCAUCAGGGUCACGUCCCAUGGUUACACAGUUCUAACCCAGGGCUGGAGCGUGUGAGUGCCAUCGUGUGGGAAGGAAAUGAGUGUAAGAAGGCUGACAUGUCAGUGCUGGAGAUCAGUGGCAUGAUCAUGAACAGGGUAAAUCUCUUUACCCCUGGUAUUGGGUAUCAAAUAUUUGGGAAUCUGGUGGCGGUGACACUGGGUUUGACCCCAUUUGCCUAUAGACUGUCCCAGCACAGGGACGUGGAGCAGCUGGCCAUGCUCUCGGCCGGCGAGCUCAUCUCCGUAGCCUUUGGCUCCAGCUCCGACGUGAUGGUCAUAGCCAUGGUGUUGGUGAGCUUUGUGGUGCGUGUGUGCCUCAUUUGGCUCUUCUUCUUCCUGCUCAGUGUGGCAGAGCGGACUUACAAACAGCGGUUACUCUUUGCCAAGCUGUUUGGUCACCUGACGUCGGCCAGGAGGGCCAGGAAGUCCGAGGUGCCUCAUUUCCGUUUGAAGAAAGUGCAGAACAUUAAGAUGUGGCUGUCUUUGCGCUCAUACUUGAAGAGACGGGGUCCACAGCGGUCAGUGGAUGUCAUAGUUUCCUCUGCCUUCCUCCUCACUCUCUCUGUGGUCUUCAUCUGCUGUGCUCAGCUUCUCCAUGUGCAUGAGACAUUUCUAGAUUGUCACUAUAACUGGGAGUUGGUCAUCUGGUGUUCCUCCCUCUCUCUCUUCCUGCUGCGCUUUGUCACACUGGGCUCCGAGACCAGCAAGAAGUACAGCAACACCUCCAUCCUACUGACAGAGCAGAUUAAUCUGUACUUGAAAAUGGAGAAGAAACCAAAUAAGAAAGAGGAGCUGACUCUGGUGAACAACGUUCUGAAGUUGGCCACCAAACUGCUCAAGGAGCUGGACACUCCAUUCAGGUUAUAUGGCCUUACUAUGAACCCACUCCUCUACAACAUCACUCAGGUGGUCAUCCUGUCCGCAGUAUCAGGUGUCAUCAGCGAUCUACUGGGCUUCAAUCUGAAGCUUUGGAAGAUCAAAUCAUGACAUUUAAUCAUGACAUCUGAAGACUGCAGGUUCUCCUGACUGGACAGGACCCAGUUCGACCACAGUAGGACAUGGUUGCCUCUGAACAGAGGAACUGUGAUAAGGAACUUUUGGUCCUUUUUUCUCUGACAUAUCAGAGUGCUUACGUUUCACUUGUGCAAUUUACAUAUUUAUUGUACCCUUUCAGUGUUUUUUGACUUCUGUCAUGUUUUAGCUGUUUUAAUUGUUAAAGUAUUGUUUUAGCUCUAGGUGUGUGUUCUCAUGGGGAUGGGCGUACAGACAAAUGACAGACAAAAGGAUGAGAGAAAAGAAGCUAAAUGCUAACAAAGAGGGAACAGUGGCAGUUUUGUAUGUGUGUAUGUAUACGAGCACACAGUGAAUAUUUACUAUGAAGCUCUUGAAACUAUUUGACUGCAGCAGUGUAGACCCUCAGCAUAGAUGACAUUGGGAUCUUGUUCUCAGAUUUUCACGGUAUAACUGUGCUGCAUGUUGAGAGGCUGAAACUGACUUGGGAAGAUAUUUAAAAUUAGGCACAUUGGCUUUUACAGAUUGUCCAUGACAAGAGUACACCAAAGUGACUGGGCAAAAACAUCUCAUGAGUACACACGUUGUGGAUGGCUUUUUACCUUUGCCAUCAUUAAGAAAGUGAUUGUGUUAAGAGACAAACUCACACACACAGGUCACUGUUACAGCCCUGGCUGAACAGCAUCAUGUGAAUGCAGGUAAUAUCAGCGGAAACCCUUGACACUUGCAUUGUUCAUAAAAAAACCGGCCGUUAUAAAAUGUGUUUGUGUUUAGUUCAUAGAGUUAAUAAAACCUAGAGGGCGCACUUGCUGUCACAGAUGGCUGAGGUCAUUUUGAAGUUGUCAAAAUUUCUCAAAUUUCCAUUUUCUGGUUUUUAGGUGAUGUAACGCUGUUUCGAAGGAGUGUUCAGUUUGUCACACUCACCGGCAUCUGCCAAUGACAGCGACAUAUAGCCGAUUCUUACCAAGUCCUACCAAGUCAACCACUUUAAAAUGAGUUUACAGUUCAUGUGACAGCUCACCCUCUAUAUGCUGUAUUUUAUUAACUCUAUGAUUCAUACUUACUAGGGGGCAAUUGGUGUGGCUUUGUGGGAACAUGUUUCAUUUUACAGAUGUCUGACUUACGAUAUUGAGCAAUAGCUGUUAGCACUAAUGAGUCUAAGGGUUUGGUUUAGAAAGUUUGAAAAAAACUGUCAGUAGAGUGCAAACACAUUGUGGUACUUCACACAUCAUCAACAUGUGAAUCUUACAGGUUAGAGUAUUAAGAUGUCACUCUGCACAGUGAUGUUAGUAUCACAGUAUUUUGCAUGUCAGUCCACCAACCUAGCUCAGAGUUCUGACAUAUCCCUCCUCUGUGUCUUUAAUUAGGUCUAGACAUUGUGUUCUCAGAGCAACUGGGAGAGUUCCCCCACUUCAGGUGGAAAUUGCCUCAAAAUGUGCACUUUAAAGUGGAAAAAGUUACAUGUUUCAAUAUUGAAAAUAUUAUUUUCUUAGCCUUGUUAUUUUGUUGAUUUAUGUACAUUUUUUUGCGUGGGACAGUCUGUGAAGAACAACCAAAGUGCUUUUUUUUUUUCCUUUCACUGAAAAAAACUGAAUGUAUCAGUACAUGCUUUAAACUUUGGUUUUAUUGGAAAUGCUUUAAAAAAUGUUAUCAUGUUCAUUUUUCAGUUUGCAUUGUGCUGUUCCUCUUUUUUUGUUUGUAGACUGACGCUCAACUUCAUAGAAAUGACAGUGGAAACAUUUGCUGUGUUAGAACACCAUGAAUUCUUUCUCUGAGACUGAAACAAAAUGUAUCUAGAAAAAAAACUGUUCUUUGUUUUGCUGUAAAUUUUCCAGAGGAAG